UAAAAAUGUCACUGUCACAGAUCCUUCAAAAGGGUCGUGUUGCAGUGAAUUGUGGUAUUUUAGGUGUAAGAAUAUCUAGAAAAUACAUUUAUACCCAUAAAAUGAGUGAGAAACCGGCAGAACACACUGCAAGCAAUGGCUUUGAGAGCAAAACUCCGUUUCUGAUAGGAGUAGCAGGCGGUACAGCUAGUGGCAAGUCAACAGUAUGCCAAAGAAUCAUGGAGAAGCUUGGACAACAGCACAAAGAACAGACUGAGAGGCGAGUAGUCUGCAUCAGCCAAGACUCCUUCUACAGAACUCUAAAGCCAUCCGAGAGGCUGAGAGCUGAACGUGGACAGUUCAACUUCGAUCACCCGGACGCAUUUGACGACAAGAAACUUUUGUCAAUACUCAAAGACAUACUCGCUGGAAAGAAAGUUGAAGUACCUGAAUACGACUACAUUUCGAAUUCAAUAAGCCAUCGUUCACAUACCAUUUACCCAGCGGAUGUGGUGCUCAUCGAAGGUAUCUUGGUGUUCUACUUCCCGGAAGUCAGGGAACUUUUUCACAUGAAGCUAUUCGUUGACACCGAUUCGGACACCAGGCUUGCAAGACGAGUGCCGCGCGACAUCAUGGAGCGCGGCCGCGACCUUGAACAAGUUCUCAACCAAUACAUGAACUUCGUCAAGCCGGCCUUCGAAGAGUUCUGUCUUCCGACGAAGAAAUUCGCCGAUGUCAUCAUUCCUCGUGGUGCAGAUAAUUUUGUUGCCAUCGAUUUGAUCGUGCAGCACAUAUCAGAAUACUUGAAGAAGAAUUCUUCGGACAAGGUGCAGUUGCAGCUGUCGACUCUCGCGCCCUCUGUGCCCAGCAGCCCGCAGCGGAGCGGUAAGGGAGGGCGCCCUCAUUAAGAUAAUUAACUUUAGUGAAGAAAGAAAUUAUUGAAAGUUGAAAUGUAAUGAGACUGGUUUGACUAGUUCGUACUAAAACAACCAAAGUUUAUGUAGUAAUGAGAGUAUCGUUUCAAAGAUAUUUUAAGAAGUGGCAACAUUAAUGAGAUUUUUUUCGAGCGGAUAAUAGGUGACUAAUUGUAACCUUAUUUUUAAACAUUUGCUAUAUUAAGCAAUCCAGAGUAGAAUUCAUGCAAAAUUUUAGAGCGAUUGUGCCUAGAGACGUCAAAGUAUAGUAAAGAGAAGAUUGUAAUGAAUAUAGUAAAAUUGCUUAGAUUUUUCACUAAAACGCACGUUUAAAAUCUUGUUAACAAACUAAAAUAAAUAGUCUCCAGUUAAAAUCAAUAAAUCAUGCUAUAUUAACACCAAAAAUAAACAUUACACUUAAAGUAGACAAUGUUAGUGUGAUACGAGCUCUCUGCUCUAUAGUUUAUGAAAACCGUCGUAAGCUUAGCCCUUUUGACAAUCAGCGGAACACGAUGCACUCGGCUGUAUGCGAUACGACGUUACGACUCGAGACCUUGAGAGACAACUGGCAAUAAGAUUAUAUAAAGUAACCGUCAUGAGAAGCUAUAAAUUUGCUUAGUACUUUAGACAUAAUAUAUUGUUAAACGGCUUUGUUAAGUAGGCUUUAUUACUAAUAUUUAUUUAGUUUAUUUUAAAUGUAUUAGAAACAAAGAUACUAAUUGAAUAGAUUAACCGUAUAAUAAAUAACACACACACAAAUUAAAGGUUAAUUGCCAAAAAUAAAAUUCGAUAGUAUCGAUAUUAUCAAUAGUAUCGCUGCUACCAAUAAUAUUGCUUACAGGAUUGUUUUGAUCCAUCAUGUCGAUGGUAUCGAUAGUAUUGCCGUAAUCGAUAGUAUUGCUCACGGAGAGCUAUCGAUACUAUCAAUAGUACUAUCGAUAUCCUGAAUAGUUUUCGAGGUCAACUAUCGAUAGUUCUGCAACGCUGAUACCGGUGAUGAGUUUUUUUUUUGUCUAUAUAUUUUUUGUGACGCGUAGUUGGCAAGUAGCCGCUAGAAUAUCACGUGCCUUUACGUCAAUCUCUGACGGCGGUCAGCUAAAUAUAAUUAGCUGGGAGAUUCGUUAAUAGUAAUUAUUGAUUAAGUUAAGCUCAGACUAUCAGUAGGGCCAAGCUUUCGGCGGUUUACCUAUAAUAAAUGACGAGGAUUAGCAUCUAAACUAGGUCAGGCCUAUAUUUUGACGUUAGAUUUAUCAUUUCAUGUUUUACUACUUAUUAAAUAUUUUUUAUUUAUUUGGUAUUGAUUAGAUGCCUUUGUAUAUUAAUAAGAUAACAAUCAAUGGUGUAGUCUUCAGAUAAACUUUAAUAUCUCCGAUUAUUACUAAUAGAUAUUUUAUUAAGCGCGACAAAAUACUAUGCUUACACACUUCUUAUACAUUUAAUCUGACGUAAUUUUUUUUUUAUACGAUUUUGGGUCAAAAACAUCUUCUAAAUAUGCCUAGCUACUUAUCCAAAG